UCUUCUGAAGAGAACAGUUCCUUGUUUUCUUGACAGGAAAUGGUGCUUGAAAACUGGGCUUGCCUUGCAGGCCUAACUGUGUUGGCAUACUUGGUCUACUGGGUUUUGAAACCAGUUUUAAAAGCAGUGUAUUUAGCAAUUUCCUGCCCACUGUUCUCAGCAACAGCACUCAAUGGGGAAGAAGGUCCUUAUCCCACUGAGAAAGAAAAGGAUGAGGUAUUAAAUAAAAGUUUCAAACCUGAAAGAGUGCCUCAGAAUCUUGAUGCAAUUGUGAUUGGCAGUGGACCAUCAGGUUUGACUGCUGCACAUUUCUUGGCCAGGGCUGGCAGAAAGGUGUUGGUGCUGGAGCAGCAUGACACAGUUGGAGGAACCUUACACACAUUUGUAGAGCAUGGGUAUGAAUUUGACACUGGACUUCACAUAUCUUUUGAAGUUGGAGAGGAGCAUUACUUUGGUGUUAUCAUGAAGCAAUUGACUGGGGGGAAAGUUAAAUUUCUCUCCACUAAUGGAUUCAAGGAUGAGAUUGUCAUUGGUUCCCACAAAUACCCAAAGAAAGGUGUGAGGAAGUACUUUUUUCCCCCAGAAUCUGUUGAUGAAUGGCAGCAGAGAAUGCUGAAAUAUUUUCCUGGAGAAGAUAAGCUUAUGAAGAGUUUGUCAAAAGAUGUAAAAUGGAGUCUCAUAGCUUUCAUGCCUUUUGUGCUUGUCAAACUUCUUCCUGAAUGGCUGGCUAUGUUGCUGAUUAAGCUCAAGGUCUUUGACAUUUUCACAUCAUACCCCAAACAAAACAGUAUUUCAACAGAAGAAAAAUUUCAGGAAGUGGCUGAAAGACAUCCUGACAUGCCCCUCCUUCUCAACCCUUUCAACUUGGAUCUGAAUGUCAGCUGUGAUGAUUUCCCAUAUGCAGUUUGGGCUGUUACCCAAAAAGCUUACCUUGAUGGUGUUGAUGUUACAUUCAACCAACUACUUCCAAGAUCAAUCAGAGAUUCAUCCAGAUGGUACAAGAAUGCCAAGCCAUUCCUAAAUGAACCAAGUGGUUAUUUUCAGCUGUUUGUUGGGCUCAACAGAGAAGCACAUGAGCUCAACCUACCCUGGCAAACAAUUAGGACAUUUUCCAGUGACAAACCAGUUGGAGAGGUUUACAAAGAGUAUUUGUCAUUGCCUCUGGAAGAAGCCCUUGAAGUGGACAUUCCAUUUUUGGCCAUCUUCUUCUCAUCAGCAAAAGACCCUACUUACAAUGACAGACAUCCAGGAAAGGCAACAGUGGAAAUUUUUGGUGUGGCCAACAAUGACUGGUUCAAGCAAUGGCAAAACUUGCCAUUGAAGAAGAGAGGAGAUGAAUAUGAUGGACUGAAAAAGGCAUUUGGUCAGAAAAUUCUGGAUAAAACCUUGGAGCUUUAUCCUGAACUCAAGGAUCAUGUUGACUGUGUCAUUUAUGGCACAAGUGCUGCCAUAGCCAAUUACCUUGGAAGAAAUUCUGGUGGUGGAGCAAAAUUGGACAACACCAGGGCCAGAUUGUCCCUGGAGGCAUCUACCAAAAUGAGAACAGAUACAGGGAUUCCAGGUCUCUACUUGACUGGGGAAGAUACGUUGAUCAAUUCAGUGCUUUUCAGCUCCAUGUCUGGGGCUCUCACAGCAUCAGCCAUACUUGAAAGGAAUCUUGUGGCUGAGGCAUUUGCAAUGAAAGCUUGGAAUGAUGUUAACAAGUUCUUUGGAGGGGGGAAAUAAAUUCUGUGCUUGAUAAUGAAGGCAGGAUGAAAAUGCCAGAAA